CUGCUGAAGAUCACGCAUGCGCAGUAGACAAGCGUACAUCUAUGUUCUACGACGAUUAACUUCUGAAUUAGGUUUUGUUCUUUUUUCUCUACAGCUUUGAUGGGCUUACAUUAUCAUUGCACCUAGGAAGGCUUUCUUACCCAGCACUGGAGCAAAACAAUGAGUUUUUGUUAGUCGUUGAAAUCAAAAGUGAAAGUUAGAUGGUGACUGUGUUAUCAGGACUUAUUUCACUUUAUGAAAGGUUGUUGUAAGGUUAAACGUUGUCUAAAAAAAGCUUCGAAAAUCCAAGAGACGCCGUGAUGAAUAUUGAAGUUAUUUUAUUUGGGAGCUUCCUGACGUGCAUCUGUGCUGAUGGUGUUGCAGAUGUAGUGCUCUCUUGCACCCUGGUGGAGGAGGGUAUGGGUGGAAUGGGUGGGGAUGCUCUUUUCUCACGGAUUCCAGCCACUCUUGUGUUAAGAGAUGUUCCUGUGGCUCCUGAUGAAUCAUUGGAAACACUCACCCCGUUUGUACCGCCUUCGGUUCCUGAUCUAGACGCCAUCCUGUUAGAAGCCAAAGUGUCAUCACCUGAGAUCCCAAACGCAGACCUGUUGCUCCAUGCGGACUGCAAUGAGCAAGAGGUGAUGUGUGAAAUGAGUCGCUUCUCUCCUCAUGGAUCCCAGGAGAGUUCAGAUGCAGCUUAUUUCAUGGUGUCUCUGAAUGUGGAGGGAGUUGACUUCGGCACUGCACUGAUCCUGCAGACUCUGCCGGUGACGACGGACCAGUCAACCCUCAUACAAAACAAACUGGGUCUGCCUCUUAGCCAAUCAGGAACUCUUCUGACUGAGGUGAUAUUCCUGGUGUUUUCUCACAUAAAGUCUGUAUCUGCCCAUCUGAGAGGUGACGUUCUCCUCGACUGUGGCUUCAAGCAGCAGGAGAUGCCCUUAGCACAGGAGGUUGGGGUUGAAUGGAGACUGCAGCACAGGGGAAAGGGGCAGAAAGUGUUUGAAAUGACGACAAGGCCAGAGGAUGCAGAAGGGAGCAAAGUGGUGCAUGCAGAGAGGAAAGGCUCGAGCGUGGACGCCACGCUGGUUGUUACUGAGGGAAAUGCUUCUGUGACUCUGACCAAGCUGAAGGUUGUUGAUGAGGGGACGUACAUCUGUACCGUCAGCGUCGGCCUUUUUCAUGCCCAGCAGAUCAUCCAGCUCCGUGUUGUCCAGCCCCCUAUUGUGUCACUCUCAGAGGAGAAGUUGGUUUUGAAGACAUCAUCAAAACUGAUCUGCCACUCUGUUAAGUACUACCCACUGGAUGUUCAGAUGGAGUGGUUGUCCCUCUCUCCUGCUGACUCAGAGCCUUCAAUGCUUCCUGAUCAGGGCUCUCUGUUCAGCCAUCGGCAGCACGGUGAUGGGACUUAUUCCCUCUCGUCUCAACUCACUGUGCCGACUGAUGUCUCGCCUGGAACUCAAAUCAUCUGCAGGGUCUCACACCUGGCCCUGGACGCUCCUGUUUCUGUCAGUGUGGAGGUUGAAAGUCCACAAACAGAGUCCUAUUUGUGGUUUCUGGGCUUCCUGAUCGUCACCGUGCUUUUCUUCAUCCAAGUCAUGAGAUAAGUAAGGCGGAGAGAUUCUAGCAGAUCAUCCAGACUUGAAACUGAGCCUGUAAGGACUUCCUUUGUGUCAUUUGUUAGUGUGAACGGUAUAACUUAUUUUGUUUCUUGGUCGUUGGUUCCUCUCACUCUUCUACUGAAAGAAAAAAAUCUAUAGUUUGGUAAAAACCGCUGUAUGUUCUAUUUUCUCAUUUGUAUUUUUUGUUUGUUUUUUCGCUCUAAGGUUUCGACUUUACAAAGUACAAAUGCUGCAUUUGAAUUUCUUUAUGGGAUGUUCUUACUUGUUUUUUGUAUGAUUUUGUGAAAGGCAGGGUUGAGAUACACAUUUUAAGUCACUAUUAAAGGCACAAAAAGCCCAUAAAUAAAUCUUUAAAAAAAAAAGAAAGAAAUUGUAUUCAAGUGCCGACAGAAAUUAAUAAUUUGUGUGCUCUGAAGAAGCACCCAAGAAAAUCCAUCAUCUGUAGCAGUUGUAAGCAUGUAAAAACUUCGAUCAUUAUCUGCCAUGAGGUACCAAUCUGAUGAACCAAUCACGCCUCCCUGUCUCCCUGCUCGCUCUCUAGCCCUUGCGUGCACUAAGCAUGUCACCGAUGACAAGCGUGUAUACUGUGAGUUAGUCGUUGGCCGUUGUGAGUGGUAAAAUAGUCCUCUUUUUUUGAAACCUGUAUUAUGCAAAAUUGUAGUAUUUACUUACUGCUGAAUGAGACAUGACAAGGUAGUUUCUACACAAAGGCGUGGCUUUUGAGGGAGCACUGAGGGGGGCGGUGGGUGUAGACGGAGCUCUGAGGAAAUGCUACUUUCAAAAUCAUGCUAGUUUUCAAAAAUUACCAACCUUGCCUUUAAUGUUACUCUUUAGUAGUCCACCUUUUGAAAAUGAAGUACGCAGCAGAAAAUGAUUUAUGCGUUGCAUGUGAUGAAAGCUUGUACAUUUUGAAUUUCAUUUUUUAAUAAAAGGAAAAAUAAUUUUUUUUAAUUUCAGGCAGAUUUUCCAACAUGGUCUAAAUUGAAUGAUUGUGUCCAGACAUUAAAAUAAACAUAAGCACUCA